ACUUGAAAAUCUUCAACACUCAUUUUAAAUCCCCCAUUCUUCUCUCACUCUCUCUCAUAUCUUCCUCACUUCUCUCUUCCAAAAUUUUCUUUUCCUCUCUUUCUCCUUUUUUUUUUUUUUUUUCCUCUCUCCUUUAUUAGAGCGAAGAGAAAAAUGUGAUAUUCCCCAUCAGAGAAGAAAGAAAGAGAAGGGGUUCGUUCUUCUUCUUCCUCAUCUUUUUCUUCUACAAAAGCAAUAACAAGAAGAGCAACAAUGGCUGUUACUUCUCCAAGCCUAACUAGUAGCGAAAAGAAACAUUGGUGGCUUACUAACAGAAAGAUGGUGGAGAAGUACAUUAAAGAUGCACGCAAUCUAAUGGGGUCCCAAGAACAAAGCGAGAUAGCUUCAGCACUGAGCCUUUUAGACUCGGCUUUAGCUCUGUCUCCGAGGUUUGAGCAAGCUUUGGAACUCAAAGCCAGGGCUUUGCUAUAUCUGAGGCGGUUCAAGGACGUGGCAGAUAUGCUACAAGACUAUAUUCCUAGUCUUAAAAUGGCUAGUGAUGACUCGGGCUCUCUCUCAUCUGAGAGCUCGUCUCAGCAUCUUUCAAGAGAGCGAGUCAAGCUUCUUGGGUCUGCUAACUCGUCCUCUUACUCACCUGGUCGGGACCCGAGUUUCAAGUGCUUUUCUGUCUCGGACUUGAAGAAGAAAGUCAUGGCUGGGCUCAGUAAAAAUUGCGACAAGGAAGGGCAAUGGAGGUACUUGAUUCUUGGUCAAGCUUGUUGCCAUCUAGGCCUAAUGGAGGAUGCAAUGGCUCUUCUUCAGACCGGCAAGCGCCUCGCCUCCGCAGCAUUCCGCCGCGAGAGCAUUUGCUGGUCUGAUGACAGCUUCUCCUUCUCCAAUGUGCCUGUUUCCGGUGAUAUCACAAUCACCAAUGCUCCCAGCACGCCCCCGCGCAACCCAAUUGAUCCAGAGAGUGUGAACCAACUCCUUGCCCACAUUAAGCUCCUCUUACGCCGCAAGACGGCUGCGCUUGCGGCCCUUGAUGCUGGCCUCUACUCCGAGGCCAUCCGCCACUUCACCAAGAUUGUUGAUGGUCGCCGUGGUGCCCCACAAGGGUUCUUAGCUGAAUGCUACAUGCACCGAGCCUCAGCAUACAGAGCAGCUGGUAGAAUUGCUGAGUCUAUAGCUGAUUGUAAUAGGACUUUAGCAUUAGACCCAGCUUGCAUUCAAGCUCUUGAUACAAGAGCAUCUCUAUUAGAAACAAUUCGAUGCUUGCCGGAUUGUUUGCAUGAUUUAGAACAUCUUAAGCUUUUGUACAAUUCAAUUUUGAGGGAUAGGAAGCUUCCGGGGCCAGCUUGGAAGAGACACAACGUGAGGUACAGAGAGAUUCCUGGGAAGCUGUGUGCACUCACUACAAAGAUUCAAGAACUUAAGCAAAGAGUUGCUUCUGGGGAGACUGGGAAUGUGGAUUAUCAUGCAUUAAUUGGUUUGAGACGUGGGUGUUCAAGGUCUGAGUUAGAGAGAGCACAUUUGUUGCUGUGUUUGAAGCACAAGCCAGAUAAAGCCACAAACUUUAUUGAAAGGUGUGAACUUGCUAAUGAUGGUGAUCUUGAUUCAGUUAAAGACCGAUCAAAGAUGUCUGCUUUGUUGCUAUACAGAUUGCUCCAAAAGGGUUACGCCAGUGUAAUGUCUACCAUUAUGGAUGAGGAAGCAGCUGAAAAGCAAAGAAAGAAAGCCGCAGCUGCAUUACAAGUAGCACAAGCACAAGUAGCUGUGGCAAUCCAAGUCCAGCAAGCCCAAGAGUCAAAAUUGGAAUCAGAAAAGAAUAAUUCAGUUUUCCAAGGGGUGUUUUGCCGGGACCUUGCUGUGGUGGGAAAUUUGCUUUCACAAGUUGGAUUUAACCGCCCAAUUACUGUGAAGUAUGAGGCAUUGAGUUGCUGAUUGGACUGGUGGGGGUAGAAAAUUCUAAGUUCUUUGAGAUGUUACACCGGUAUUGGGAUUAAUCUCUGGUCCAUUUUUUCUCUGUUUGUACAAAAAAGAUAAAUUUAGGACUGGCCGGAAAAUUUUGUCACCCUUUUUCUUAUUUUCCUUUUCUACUACAUGUACAGAAUUUUUCAGUACCGAAUUAUCUACUUUUGGUUAUGCAGCA